AGGAUUAGUUUCUCACAUUCUUGCACAACACAACCUAAAAAUCUUAAACAUUCUUGUCCGAAAAAUCGAAACCCUUUGCUAGUAUGGGUAUCAAGACUUUUUUCCACGAGCUUAAGACAAAGGUGUCGCCCUCUAGACUAUUCAAGGCUACAAUAACCGACGCCCACGAUAUCCUCCCCAAGGCUUGCCCCGAUGCGAUCAAGAGUCUUGAAGUAGUUGAAGGAGGUUCACUCGUUUCCGGUCAUACAGUUAAGACAAUUUUUGCAGGUCCUCAUAUGAAGCAUGCGAAGACCAAGUUUGAACACAUUGAUCCCGUGAACUACACGUGCAAGAAUACAUGGUACGAAGGAGAUGGGCUUGGUGACAAGGUCGAGAAAAUCUCUUAUGAUAUCAAGUUUGAGGCAUCCGACGAUGGAGGGUGUGUAGUAAAAAUGAAAAGCGAUUAUCACACUAAGGGGGAUUAUGAUCUCACCGAUGACGAGAUAAAUGAUUUCAAGGAACAAGUGUUUGGACUCUACAAGACUUGCGAAGUGUACCUCAUCGACAAUCCUCACGCGUGCACUUGAUCACUUAUUUGGCUUCCUACCGAGUAAUUGUUCAAUAAAGACGAUAAAAAAUUCAGUUUGUUGCCUUCCUAUACUUGUGUGUUGUUUAAUUAAAAUCAAUAAGGGAAUAUCGAUUUGAUCGGUGGUUUGUACGUGUAAUAUGUGUGAUCUUGUUGAAACUCGCUUUGUGUAAUAUUUGGAAUUUUUAUUUAUGCAAAUUGUAGCAAUAUA